AUCUUCUACAUAUCUACCUCAAUGCCUUUUUACUUCUACAUAUACCAAACAUAUGAAUCAACUGUGAACAAUAUUAAAAUCUCGUACUUCAAACACAAUGUUCGGAACAUUAUCAGAAGAAGUUGAAGUGAAGGUACCCGCAGACAAAGCAUGGGAUCUCUACGGAUCAAUCAAACUCGGAGACAUCGCCAAACAAAUCCUCGAUAACCUUGAGGUCGUUGAAGGCGAUGGUGGCGUUGGUACCAUAAUCAAGGUCACAUUCAAGCCAGGGUCAGGGAUUUCAUAUUAUAAAGAAAAGUACACGAUGAUUGAUGAUGAGAAGAAGGUGAGAGAAGCGGAGAUUAUUGAAGGAGGGCAUUUGGAUUUUGGAUUCACACUUUACAGAGUUCGGAUUGAGGUGAAGGAUAAUCCGAAUGAUGAGAUGGGUUCUUCGUGUCUUGUGAAAACAACAAUUGAGUAUGAGGUUAAGCAAGAAGCUAAGGACAAUGCGAAGCUUGCAACUAUUGAGCCGUUUGUUGUUCUUAUGAAGUUGGCUAAUGAACAUCUCUUGAGUUCUAGUUAGUUCACAAUGUUUUUGUUAUUGGAUGUUUUUGAAUACUAAUGGGUUUGUGUCUUUUUUAUAAACUAAAAACAAAAAUUAAUGUAUAAUAAGAGAUUAGGGUUUGAUUCUUGGAGAAAAGAAAAGCUUGGGGUUGGGUUUUGUACAUAUAUCCCAAUGGAUUUGACCCUAUGGCCUACGGUUACAACCAACCCCACAAUAAAACUCAAAAAGGUGAGAGUAGUUGAAGUGAGAGUUUAUAAAGUUUUUUCAUUGUCGGAACAAAUGUGAAGUUUCAAGGUCGAUCGCAAACAUCCCAACCAUUCAGCUUAUACACAAUAGCCCUCCAACUAUUCGACUACUCACAUUUAGUCCUUCAGGUAUUGACCUACACUUAAUUAAGCUAAGUUUGAGAUAUCAAACCUGUACCAAUGUUAAGAUUACAUAGGAAUGAAUCUUUCAAUACACUGUGCAAAUAUAAAUUCACAAAGAUGGACAACUUUGAGAAAAACUUACAAUCAAAAUGAGAGGAUCGAUUUUGAUGGAACC